AUGCAUUCCUCUCUGAACCGCGUGCAGUCCGUCUUCGGCUUCUUCACCACUGUCGCCCUGGUGGUUGCCGGGCUGGCUGCGCUCUCGGUGCUCCUAUUCCCUACAGACGCCACGACAGCGUCGGUGCAGCUCAAGAAUGUCCAGGUCGUCAAGGGCCGACCGCACUACUACUCGACCAAGCGCGAAGAAUAUGCCCAGAUUCGCUUCGACCUUGACGCGGACCUAACCCCCCUCUUCAACUGGAAUACCAAGCAGCUCUUCGUCUACGUCUACGCGACCUACUCGUCCUCCGACGUGCCCAGCUCCCAGGUCCCGUACUCUGAGGUCGUCCUUUGGGACAUCAUCAUUCCCGCCGCGCCAUCGCCCUACUCUUUCGAGGCGAUGACCGAAAAAGUCACUGCGCUGCUCCCAGAUUCAGUCGUUUCCACCAUCAAGGGCUCCUCCCCCAAGCGCCGCUCCAAAACCUCCGCCAGCAAAUCGGCCAAGGCGCCCAAGAAGGUCGAGGCCCCAGGGCUACUGCGGCUGCGCGGCCAGAAGGCCAAGUACCAGGUUAGCGAUGUCACGGGCCGGCUGGCGGAGCGGCAGAACGUGACGCUGUCUGUAGGGUGGAAUGUUCAGCCGUGGGUGGGCGCGCUGUGGUGGUCGCCCGGCUCUGGAGCGGUCCCACGGACAGAGGGGACGGUGGUGCAGAGUGCGGCGUUUGAAUUCCCAGCGUUGAAGGCGAAGAAGACCGAAGGGCAGCAGAAGAGUGAUUAA